UGUAAAUUAUUUUUGACAUGUUUAACUUGAACAUAUUUACUGCCGUUUAAGACUAUUUAACUUUUCAUUUCUCUGACAAUGGCUGGUAGUAAUAUUAAAUGUGUUAUCUGUGUUGCUGGUGAUAUAUUAUUUGCCAUAGUUGCCUGGGUAAUUUCCAUUGUAAUUCGCCGCUUAGCCAUACCGUAUCAUCGUGGAUUUUUCUGUGAUGACGAGAGCCUGAUGUACCCGUUCAAGAAUUCAACUAUUCCUGCCACUGUGAUGUACAGUAUUGGAUUCAUUUUACCAUGUUUUUGUAUUAUAGUGACAGAGUUGGUGAUAAUACUUAGCAGUCCUAAAGCAAAGAAACGAAGAUCAGUUAUAGAAACCUUGUUUAAGGUUGUGUUCAAAACACUGGUGGCAUUUUUCUUUGGAGGAGGGGUCACAAACCUCAUUACAAAUAUUGCUAAGUAUUCUGUUGGUCGAUUAAGGCCACAUUUUUUUGCAAUUUGCAGACCAGACUGGAAUCUUGCAAAUUGUUCGACCGGGGCCAUAGCAAGAUAUGUCACAGAGGAUGUUUGCACUGGAACAGAUAAAAGCUUAAUAACUGAAGCAAGAGUGUCUUUUUUGUCUGGGCAUGCAUCAAUGUCUAUGUACUUUAUGGUCUUUCUCUUGAUCUACAUACAGCGACGGUUCACAUGGAAGGGUGUGCUGCUUCUGAAACCGGCUCUACAAACACUUUUCUUCAGUCUUGCCCUGUACACUGGCCUGUCGAGAAUUUCUGACUACAAGCACCACUGGACCGAUGUCUUGGCUGGAGAUCUGCUUGGUGCUGUAAUGGCUAUUCUUAUUGUUUUAAAGGUAAGUGGACUGUAUGCAGAGUCCCGGUGUUCCAGUGAGGUGGAACUUAAGAAAUGUGGAAUAGCAGAUCUUGAUAAAUCAAAGGAAUGUGGAAUACAACAGAUUAUUCCAGCAAGAGAUGAAGUUGAUGAAAUGACUGCCAUGUAGAAUACUCACAUUUUCAACAUUCUGAGUUCACUGAGUGCUUUAAUUUUCAAGACACGGUCCAAGGCCGAUUAUUUAUAGAGCACGGAGUCUUCACUUAAACAAAUUUGAUAUUUAAUAUUUUUCAGAUCACAUACAUGUACAUGUAUUUGUACUUUCAAGAUUUGGUAACUUUGCAAGUUAGAUGUCAAUUAGUCAGGUCACGGCACUAAGUUUAUUGAUGUAUGCAUUCACAAUUACCAGACAAACAAAUAUUCAUGAUUACAUUGAAAGCUGUCCAGCGUUAUGAAAUAUAAAAAACGUCAAGUACUUGUUUAUUUUUAUGUAAGGAUAUUCAAAGUGACAUCAUGCUAAGUUGAUGCCAUUCGCAUUCAAAAGGACACAGUGUCACAUAUUCAAUAUCGAGCAGUGUCUGAUUGGAAUUAAAGUUGUGUAUACAGUUUAAAAAACCCAUAUUGUCUCAAGCUUGAGAUUAUAUGUUAAAGAGAUUAUUACCCUCGUGCAUUUCGGUAUUGUCAAUAUUGUAUAUUAGGAAUAAAAAUAAUGUUUUAUGCUGGCCAGAGGUACACAUAUUACAGUUUGUAUUCCAAAUGUAUGAUAUUGAUUAUACCGAAACACCCUCUGAUAAUAACCUAUAUGCUGUGGUUGGGACAGGGAAAAAAACCAAUAGGAGAAUUGGUCCACUGAGGUGGUUCGAUCCUAGGACUCUAGCACCUCAGGCGAGCAGUCAACCGACUAAAUUGGAUCAUGCUCCAAUGCAAAUUAAUCAGGUCAUAUAGGGUUUUACGUGCACAUUCAGAACAAGCUGUUGUAGUGCACGCAGGUUAUAAUCAGAUUAUGAAACUACUUUUAUAGAUGUAAACUGCAUACCAGUAAACAAAUAAACAUGGCUUUAUUAGUUUUUUUAAUGAUUCAGAAUGAUAUGUAUUGUAUUCAUUAUUUUGUCAUUAUUAAUAUUAAAUAAAUUUUAUUUUUUAUUUUAAAAAUGUACUUUUUAUAAAUUUAAAGAAAAAAUUAAAGUAAGUUAUAGUUAAACAAAAAACAAAGCAUUAUAGUUUGCUGCAUGGGAAUUGGUACAUAAAAAUAAGAUUCUGAAAUAAAUAAUUGUCAAUAAAAAAAAUUAAUUUUUUCUUUUUUUUAUGAUACUAUAUUUAGGUUUUAACAAAUAAAGUAAAAAAAUAUACGUAAAUCAUAAAAUAUUUUUACCAAUGUCGUGUCACAAACUGUAAUGCAAUUUAACCCAUAGUUGUAUAGCAACAGAAAAUUAUGACUAGACCACUAGCAGAGAGGACAAUCCCCUACCAUAAUGAAUAUUUUUAUACUGAUGGAAAGAAAUAAGGGAACACAUGGAAUUGUAGACCAAAUGUAAUUCACAACUAAUGUAAUAAUGUCUGUAUUUCAUACCAAGUUGGAAUGUGGUAUUGAAUGUC